GGUGGCAGUCGUGAAUAAAGCUGCCUUGAUGGCAGUCGUGUAAAAUAUAAGAACGGCUAUUGUUUUUGCAAAGCAUUUAACAUAAUUUAAAUAGGAAAUAACAAAUAGAUCUCUAUAUAAAUUGUAAAAAUAUGAAAAUAAAACUUAUAACAAAUAAUAUUGCAAAUGUGUUUUAAACAAUAAAUACAAAAUUAAAAAAGUGUUUAGUGUACCACUCAAAAAAAAAAAAAAGAAAUUUUGCAUUCUAUUUUUUUCUCAAAAUAAAACAAAAGCAUAAAAAACAUACAAAAAUGCGUUUAAGUAUACAGCAGCAACUUAUCGGACCUUGGUUGAUUGUCUUGACGCUUUUUAUAAUUGAAUCAGCAACAGAUGAGAAACUAAGUUUACAACGUUAUUUUCCGCUUGUAACCGAAGAACAAAUGCUCAACAAUGAUAAACGUUUUCAACAGAUUAUGCAGGGCAGCAGCAGUUCAUCGUCGGAUGCAAUUUGGCCGGAUAAGCAUAAAUUUGAAAAGGUCGAUGUUAAAAAGGAAAUCAAUAAAUUGAAUAUUACAUAUGUUUAUCAAUCGUCAUGGCCUGAAAUGAAUGUUAAAUUGGGUUCUGUUACCGCUGUUAGUUUUGAUAAGGCUGGCAAUGUUGUAAUCUUUCAUCGUUGUGAUCGUGUUUGGGAACAAGAUACAUUUUCAAGAAAUAAUGUUUUUACCAAACGCAAUAAGGGGGCUAUACGUGAUAGUACUGUUUUGGCCUUGGCUAGAGAAACUGGCAAAUUGAUUUAUGAUUGGGGUAAAAAUUUGUUCUAUAUGCCUCAUGGUCUAACAAUCGAUCACGAGGAUAAUGUUUGGAUAACAGAUGUUGCCCUACAUCAAGUCUUCAAAUUCGGUCCACGUGGCUCCAACGAUAAACCCCUUAUGACAUUGGGUACAGCAUUCACACCCGGUGCUGGUGAAACAAAAUUCUGUAAACCAACUUCUGUGGCCGUUUUAGAAAAUGGUGAUUUCUUUGUAGCGGAUGGUUAUUGUAAUGCACGAAUACUAAAGUAUACAAAAGAAGGAGAGAAAAUCUUACACUGGGGACAAAAUACAUUUUCUGGCGUUUCCUUUGGUGUGGCACCACAAAAUUUCUUUGCCAUACCGCAUGCUUUAACGCUUGUACCCGAACAGGAAUUAAUUUGUGCAGCUGAUCGGGAAAAUGGACGCGUACAGUGUUUCUAUUGGUCCAAUGGUACAUUCCACUCGCAAUAUCAUUCACAAAUUAUAGGCGAUCGUUUAUUUAGUAUGGAUUAUACACCAGCACAGGGUGGCAAAUUUAUUAUAGUAAAUGGACCCACUGCUGAAUUGGGUUUAAAAACUGAACAAUACAAUGAGGUGCGUGGUUAUGUGAUGGACUUUAGUACUAAGAAAGUAACUGGCAAAUUUGGACCAAACGAUAUGGAAUUUUCCAAUCCCCAUGAUGUGGCCGUCACAAAAGAUGGCAAUGAAGUUUAUGUAGCCGAACUAAAUCCCAUGCGUAUACAUAAGUUUUUACACAAAUCUAUGGUCAAAUCUAUACCUCUAUCGGCUGCCAAAACUACCGCCAAUGUUGAAAUUGAAAUUAGCAAGGAUAAGAUGUCUAAUCUACCAACAACCGUACAAAAAGCUGAUAUUUUAAGUGCGACUGAUUCUGCAGCCGAUCCCUCGAUAGUAUUGGAAAUGUCCAGUGAUUCUCAUCAUAGACCCGGUGCAACAGCAAUUUUGGUGGCUUCUCUAAUGUUACUAUUUGCAUUUCUAACAUUCGGUUUAGCUUUGCUAAUAGCUCGACGACGUAAACGAGGUUGCAUGCCAUUUGGUUCGAAUAAUCGACGACAUGCCUGGGAUUUUCCCUCAAAACCAGAUGGCUUUAAACUGGGUGGUCUUCUACUAGAGCGCAAUAAACGCAGUGGUUUUGAAAAACUCGAUCAAAAUGCCAGUGAUGAGGAAACGGAAACGGCUACAAAUAAUACUUUAACAAGUGCACAAUUUGCUUAGGUUUUUUUGUUUAAAUAAAAACGAAUCAUAAAACAUCAUAUUUAUAUAUCUAUAAACAAUAACUAAUUGAAAUCAAAUGAACCUCUAACUCGCUCCAAUUUAUAGAAAAAAAGGAAUUUAUUUUUUG